AUUUUUAUCAAAUCAUACACAUUAUAUUAAUAAAAUAAAUUAUUCUACUUACUAAGAACGAAAUUUCAUUUCAUUAUUAAUUAUAGCUCAGACUUCAUUAAUUGACCUUUAAGUUCUGACAAAAAAUAAAACUAAAAAAAAAUUGAAAUUAAAAAAUAUAGCCGUUUCGCUCUCAUCCAUGAGAUCCCUAUUGCCUCCCAAAUGUCUAGUAAUAUGGUCCUAAAGUUUGCUCUAAUAACCGUCAAAGUUAGACGAGAAAAGACUAAACAACUAAAAAAAAUCUUAAUUAAAUAUUUUUAAUUACUAAAAAUAAUCUAAAAUACUGUACUUAGUUUCAAACCCACUUUGAUUAUUAAUAAUUCAAUUCAAUUUCAAUGGGUGUUAUUUCGUGGAAGCUUCACAUUUACAGAGCUACCCAUCUUCUUCUUCCUUCAUUACCAACGACUUCUAUUUCUUUCAAAUCUUAGAAUUUAUUUCACUAUUAUUUUCAACUUCAUUGAUUCAAUUAAACAAGAAAAUACCCAUCAAAAAAUUAAGGGUCUUUUUAAUUUUCUGACAUUUUUUGUGGGAUUUUUGUUGUUUGAAGUUUGCAUAAUAUUUAUUACUGAAGAAACAAGAGAGCUGUCAAAUAUCAAAACUUUGAAGCACCCACCAAGUUUUAUUUGGUAAAGAGAUGGAAUCAGUUGAUGGCAAGUCAGACCUUGAGUUUGGUGAGGAUAUUCCGCUUAGCUCUUCAAAAUCCAGCAAAAAGGGGUUGCACCCUCUAGAAUUUGAAACAUCUUCUACGAUUCCAAGAGAAGUUCCAAAUUCACAUUUAUUAAAGAAGCUGCGUGUCAGCCCUUUUAGAAGUAUACACACGGUUGUAAUAAAAGCUAAAAUAAAUGUGCUUCUACCGUUUGGCCCUUUGGCAAUAUUGCUACACUAUUUGACUGAUAAACAUGGGUGGAUCUUCUUUUUAAGUUUGUUAGGCAUCACCCCUUUGGCCGAGCGUUUGGGUUAUGCAACAGAGCAGCUUGCUUUUUAUACAGGCCCUACAGUGGGAGGUUUGUUAAAUGCCACAUUUGGCAAUGCUACAGAGAUGAUUAUUUCUAUAUAUGCAUUGAAGAUUGGUAUGAUCAGAGUGGUUCAACAAUCUUUACUGGGCUCCAUCUUGUCGAAUAUGCUAUUAGUUCUUGGAUGUGCCUUUUUCACUGGUGGGGUUGUUCAUCAUCCAAAAAUUCAGAGUUUUGACAAGUCUGCAGCUGUAAUGAACUCUGGCUUGUUGUUAAUGGCUGUGAUGGGUAUAACAUUUCCAGCUGUGCUCCAUUUUACGCAUACUGAGGUGCAUCGUGGCAAAUCAGAGCUUUCCCUCUCAAGAUUUAGUAGUGGUAUCAUGCUGGUGGCAUAUGCAAGUUACCUAUACUUUCAGCUAAGAAGUCAACACAAUCUCUAUGAUCCAAUUGAUGGGGAUGUGGUCAAUACUGUAGAAGAAUCUGAUGAUGAGGAAGCUCCGGAGAUAACUUACUGGGAAGCAAUUUCCUGGCUUGCUAUUUUGACCUUAUGGGUGUCAAUAUUAUCUGGAUAUCUCGUUGAUGCUAUACAGGGUGCAUCUGACUCGUGGAAUAUGCCCGUUGCUUUUAUUAGUGUGAUUCUACUUCCGAUUGUGGGGAAUGCUGCUGAGCAUGCUAGUGCAAUCAUGUUUGCUGUAAAGGAUAAGCUUGACAUCAGUCUUGGAGUAGCAAUUGGCUCUUCUACACAAAUAUCAAUGUUUGUGAUUCCCUUUUGUGUGAUAGUUGGUUGGAUGAUGGGCCAGCCCAUGGAUCUGAACUUUCAACUUUUCGAGACUGCUACUCUUUUUGUGACAGUUCUAGUGGUUGCAUUUAUGCUUCAGGAAGGAACUUCAAAUUAUUUUAAAGGCUUGAUGCUUGUGCUGUGCUAUCUUAUUGUUGCGGCCAGCUUUUUUGUACAUAAUGAUGUUAAGGAAGAUGAAAACUGAACUGCUAACCACUAAUCAGCGACGAAGAACUUGCAUAUCUCAGGAAAAAAUGCCUCGUUACGUCCAAACUUGGGAAAUUUUGUCAUUUAUACUGGCAUUGUCUCCUGGAUGCAAACAGUUCGGGUGUUCCAAGUCACCUAGAGGAAGGAAAAAGGUUCUAUUGUUGCUUUCUGGUGCAAAAUGCCAAUUUUUGUUGUAAGAUGUCAUUCUCUUUGCGCGUCCAGGAAUGUCCUUAAACUGAUCUUAUACGGUCAACUAGCUUUUCGUUAAUUAACACGGUGUACACCGUCUAGUUAUGGGGUUGCUUGAACCGAAACUGACCAAACGCAAGUGUAUUUUUCUGGGGUGAAUCAAUCAGGAAAAAAAUUAAUGGUAGUAAUACAGGGUAACAUUUUUUUUUUUCAUUUCUAAUUCAUUUGUUGGUUAUAGAGAGCCAUAUAAGGCAAAUGGUGUAUACUGCUUUUGAAAUAGUCUCAAUAACUGGAGCAUGAAUACAUACCUCAACUGCAAAUCUA